CCCCGGCGCCGGCGCCGGCCCCGGCCCCAGCCCCAGCCCCAGCCCCGGCUGCUGAUUUUUCUUGUUAUCGAUUUCCCCUUUGCAAUUUCGCGCACCUAUAAUGUCUCUGCAUCUUUCAUCAUCAUCAUCAUCCAUCCUAUGACCGAAUUAUAAUGCCCUCCGCCCCAAAUGAAUCUCCGGCCCAAACUCAGAUCGCCGCCACCCACCACCUCCUCUUUCUCUUCUCCUCCCACAUCACCACUUUCCCACCAUACCAGAACCACACUCUCCAAGAUGCCCCGUAAAUCUCUCAUACGCCCCACUCUCGCCCUCGCCUCCCUCCUCUCCCUUUUUGCCCUCUACUCCUUCCUUUUCUACACCCCUCCCAAUUAUAGCACUAAGACCUCAAUUAAUUUAAUCAAUCACAACUUCCCUUCUCUUUCUGAUCCUAAUGAUAUCAACAAGAAGGUCAAAAUAUAUAUGUAUGAUUUGCCUAGGAGAUUUACGUACGGGGUUAUUCAGAGCUACACGGCGGCGCGUGGAGGAGAAUCUGUGGGGACCGACGCGCUGCUCAAGUAUCCUGGCAACCAGCACUCCGCUGAAUGGUACUUAUUUUUGGAUUUAAAUCGUCAGAGUGACGAAAGGGUCUACUCGGCAGUGACUCGGGUAAUGGACCCGGAAAAGGCCGACCUUUUCUACGUGCCAUUUUUCUCUUCCUUGAGUCUCAUCGUCAAUCCGAUUCGACCCGCCACUCUGAACGUCUCUCCUGACAGGCCUGUUUAUAAUGAUGAGCAAACCCAGGAGGCUUUGAUGGAGUGGUUGGAGGAACAAGGAUAUUGGAAGAGGAAUAAUGGGUGGGAUCAUGUAUUUAUAUGUCAGGAUCCCAAUGCUUUGUACAAGGUCAUUGAUAGGGUCAAGAAUGGGGUUCUAUUGGUUUCAGAUUUUGGGAGGUUGGCUCGCAAUCAAGCUUCCCUAGUGAAGGAUGUCAUUCUACCAUAUUCACACCGCAUUAAUACAUACAAGGGGGAUAUUGGCCUGGAGAAUCGCAAGUCACUGCUAUUCUUUAUGGGAAAUCGCUAUAGAAAAGAGGGUGGUAAGAUUCGAGAUUUGCUUUUCCAAGUGCUUGAGAAUGAAGAGGAUGUCAUUAUCAAACACGGGGCGCAGUCUAGGGAGAGUCGUCGCAUAGCAUCACGAGGAAUGCAUACAUCAAGGUUUUGUUUACAUCCAGCUGGUGAUACUCCAUCAGCUUGCCGACUUUUUGACGCUAUUGUGAGUUUAUGUGUGCCUGUGAUUGUGAGUGACUACAUUGAGUUGCCUUUUGAAGAUGUCAUAGACUAUAGAAAGAUUGCCAUUUUUGUUGAUUCCAAUACUGCUGUUAGACCUGGAAACUUGGUGAAAAUGCUGAGGAGGGUCAGUUCCGAGAAAAUUUUGGAGUUCCAAAAGGAAUUGAAUGAGGUGAAGAGAUACUUCGAGUAUGAGGAUCCGAAUGGGACUGUGAAAGAAAUUUGGCGCCAAGUUUCUCUAAAGCUGCCUUUGGUCAAACUUAUGAGCAACCGCGUCAAAAGGAUUGUGCUCAGGGACUCGAUGGAGCCAGACUGUUCGUGCCUCUGCUCAAACCAGUCAGGGGUGCAUACAACACUAUGACAUACAAGUCAAUUGAUUUUUGCAGACUAAAAUCCCUAUCCGUGCCUCAGCACUUGGGAGAUAAUGCACAAUUAGCCAUCAUCAAGAAGAUGCUGGUUUUCAUAGACGGGAGAUGACUUGGGCAGACUACAACAGUUACUUCUUUUAAGGAUGCAUCUUGUUGGUUGUCCUUGUGCUUGCAUUUCAUAAAAGCUCCGCUGAUUUGUGAUGAACUAGAAUCGAGUUGUACAUUACAACACAGAAAAACACCUUAUGAAGUAACUUAAGUUGGUUCAUGUUACGAAAAUGUGCUGACCUCUUCAAAUUUUGAUUGCUUCAGCAAAGCAAAACGCAGUAAUUUGUUAUUUUUGUCAUUUUCUUUUUCCUUUGCAUUUUGAGUGACUAUAAAUGUCCUAAGAAAGGCGUUUACACUGUUGUCUUCCA